AAGCUUAUUUUAAUUGCUCCACAUUUUAACGAGGACUUAACCAGUUCGACUUGGAAUAUAUUUUUUCAUUCACACUGGAUAUUCAAUAAAUCGUACGUCUUGUAAUCAUUAAGCUUUGAGAUUAUUUAUCUGGUAUAUACAUUUCUAAAUACGGUACUGUUCUCUUUUACACUGCUGACAUUGAGUUUGUUAUUGUACACCUAUCAACGCAACAGUGCCGUUAUUAUUAAAACAAACAUUUAAUUUUAAGUUUUUACACACAUCGCUUCGCUAAAUAUAUUUCAUAUAUAUCGGAUCCUAACUUGUAGCUUAAAAAAAAACAACUAAUUUUAUUUUGAUGAUUAUUAUCAUUUAUUAUUUUUAUAAUAACAGUAUUUCUUGCUAAGGGUAUUGUUUUGAUCCUAUUUUUAAUUCGGGUGUUACAAACUGCAAUUGUUUGUUCCUCCCUAAAUCACUAGAAAUCCGUAAGUUCUCUUUGCCGGUUAUUUCUCUAUACCUACAACCAACACCAACAACAAUAAUACAAAGUUGGUACUAUUUCUAAACACCGGGAUUGUCAUUAAUAAAUCACACUUGUUAACUGUCGAUGUAUACGUGUGUGUGUGUGUUCUAGUGACAAGCAGCUCUUAUUUGGCCACCAUCGACAUCUAGGUCAACCUACAACACCACCUCUAAUAUUAAAUCACUCAUUUAUUUUUAUCUUUCUGUCUCAAUUUACAAAUCGUUCAGCCUUUAGUUCAGACAUUAGUUUCUCUCACAGAGUUCAUCUAUCUAUCAUUUUCUUCAUGGUAUUUAGUCUGAUUUGGAUUCGGUUUGUUUUGGAUAUUUUCACAACAAACACCGUUCCUUGAUCGCCGACCAAGGUAGCGAUUUUCCUCCAUUACAGAAAAAUCUUUACUGUAUACAAACAUAGCCCGGUACAAUAUUGCCGUAAGUUACAAUUACAGUUCAAUAUUGACUACUAACUCCCAUGAAAAAAGAAAAGAGGUCCCCCCCUCCCCGGUAAUUUUAUAGGGGCACAAAUAAACAGACAAAACCUUUACAAAUAAAGUAAACGUGUAUAUAUAUAUGUAAACAGAGCGAUAUAUAUAUAUAUAGUAAUAUACGUGUAGCCGUAUAUAUGUGAUGAGAUGCCGGCUUGGUGACCCCGAUAGCGACCAAUGACGUCAGUGUUGACUGAGAAACUGACCAAUAACAAUGCAAGGAGUGCACUCAUCAACGAAUCGUUUAGCAGUAUUUUGAGCACGUGGCUUUGUUGGGGUAAGUGGAGCUCCACCCACCACUCUUAGAACCAAAACAAACCGGUGAACCUUCAACUACAGGGAGAAAACCUAACAUGUUUAUAAUUGUCUAAGACUACUGGACCACCGCAAGAAAAAAAAAAUCUAACUCAAAACAGAUUCUGGAUUUAACCUUCAAGCAAAUAAUUUAUAUUGUUGGUGGGGUAUUUGUUGUUGCUAUUGAUGUUGACUUUUUCUUAAUCGUUCUGCUGCUUACGGUCACUGCUGGCCAUCGUACUUUCGUCAUUGCUAUCAAAAGCCUUCUUAAAAAUGACAUUUGUCUUUAUGCUUUGGUCUUAAUUCAAAUUGUUUUUAUUAUUACCACUACUUCCACUCUUAAAAAUUAUGUCGAUAUACAUUCAUGAAAGUAGGUACUAAUUUUCACAUAAUUAAUUCUUUACAUUUUGUUGUGUUUGUUUAUAUCAGUAUUGAUUGAUUGAUCGAUUGAGAGUGAACUCCACCUCGGAAUACGUGACACACACAACUUUGCCAAACCAAACUAUACGAGUAUUGUUUUGCUGAUUCGAAACAUCAAAUUGCUUAUUUUACCUAAUUAAUAUUGGCAAUCCGAAACAUCAUUUUUUUUUCUCUCUGUAUCCUGACACCAUUCUCCAACUACUACUAAAAUCUGUUAUUUAGUUCCCGGUUUUCUUUCUUAUUUCUUUUUGCUAUUGCUCUCGCGUCAUAUUGCUUCUCCCAAUGACAACAACACGUCACGAGCUGGAGAAGACAUGAAACUGUCUACUUAAAAGCCGACAAUUACACAAUUCUAUAAAUAGGGGCAUCAAAAAGAGGACUGUAUACGCUCACCGCUCCUCUCUUUCUCCACUGCUUUUUCUCCAACUAAAUAGGCUUACAAAUGUAGUUGAUAAACUAAACUUAGGCUUUCUCUACCUGAAGCCUAUGCACAGGAGCAAAUAGGCCCAAAAUAACAUACAGAAGUAUUUCCCCGUUAUAAACAACCGGCAGGUUCUUUCACUUGCUAAUCUUUUUUUUUUCCGGUACUAAAAUGAAAUCAACACGUUUAUGGCAGUUGAUUCAAUAAACAUCAAAAUUAAAAGAAUCUCUUAAUAUAUUUUUAACUCAAGGAGUAUGCUACAAACUUAAGAAAAGUUUAUCUGUCAAAUCAAGAAACUGUUGUUCCUUUGAAAUUGAUCUCUGUAUUCUAUUUUUGUUGUGCAGAUAUGAGUUCCCUCUGUAAAUUUUUUUGCUAAAUUGCUUUCCACAAUACUUGUUUUGAAAAAUUGCUCAUUCUUAUAUAAAUACGACUAUCGAAAUUGUUUAAAGUAAAAAUAGAAAAAAAUACAGAAUAUAAAUCAUGUUUGGAAACAGACGUUUGGCGAAACGGUCGAUUGUCGGCACCAAAAUUAGUGCUGCUUGUCAAGAUGGCCGGUUCUACACUGGGGUCAUUCAGGCCGUUCGCUCGUCGCCUGAUGUGGGAGAAGUAAAUGACACCACUAGAAUGAACUCCGACUACAAUAACAUCAACAACCAACCAACUGCAAACCGGUCGUCAGUGACACUCGGCACGUCGCCGGCUUCUUCAUACUGUGUCAAAUUCGAAAACGGACUUAUUCAGGAAGUGGACUCGAAGAACAUAAUCGGACCUGGCUUCCAAGCCAUGUCCUCCGUACAUUUACUUGAAGGACAAAAAGUAUAUGUGACUCUAAAUGGAAGAGAAGUAACUGGACUUGUACAGAAACACGAACAACUCAAUAACGAAGUGACAAUUUGGGUGAGAGCAGCCAACAGUAACGACGUGUUGGAAAUAUCCAAGAAAUUGGACGACGUCCGCUUGUUGGAGAGCAGGAAAUCUGCUCGACUUGUUGACCAAGAUCAGGACUAUUCAAAACUGGCAGAUUUCCAACCUGAAAUCAAGAAAAGAGCCGUUUCUCUUAAUAUAGAAGUUCCAUUAAAACACUCACGCUACAGACGCAGUAUGGGUGAAGAAACAGAACCUGCUGAUGAUGAUAUGGAAGUGAUGGAUGAACGGAUGGCAGCUUUGGUCCUUACAAGCUUGUCCUGUAGCCCAGCUUCUCCAAAAAUCCCUGCUAUGUUUGGAGAAAGAAGCCAGAGUCUUCCUGAAAACCAGCAAUCAAGUAGUUUGACUAGCAGCGGUGUUUUUAGUUAUAAUUCAGACCGCAGUGACCCAUCCCCUCCUCUUUCAAACAACACACCUCUAGCUCCUAGUACAGGACUUAGCGGCUCAUGGCCUCAGGAUGAAGGGCUGGACCUUGAAGAAAAUGUUCGAAGCUACUAUGAUGAAUUUCCAGAUGAGCUGAAAAGAAAGAAAGCACAAGUUCAAGUACGAACAGUGUUUCAGUGUACAUGGCCAGGCUGUUGUAAAACACACAGUACAUGUGCUGGUAUUGAGAAACACGUACGGAUAAAACAUCUCAGAAGAGAGGAUUCAGAACUGGAUGGAGAAGAAGAAUUCUACUAUACAGAAAUUGAAGUUACAGAUGACGGUAGUAGUGGUAAUAGUGGUCACACAGAUAAUGUCAUUGAAUAUGUUGACCCAUUAGUUCCUACUGCUACUGGUAGUACUUCUCUAUCUUCGACCAAAGCCUUCUCAUCAAGUAGUGCAUCCACAACCACAACCACACCAGCUAACAUCCCUGUGGUGACUAACACACCCAUUGCAAUAAAUCUACCAACUUCCAAGAAUGUGGUUUCAUCAAAAGGGGUGUUUGGGAUUCCAGAUCAUGACUAUCAAAAGAAGGAACACCAAUACUUGAGCCAAUCUCUUGAUUCUUCUGUAAGUGGUUCAGGCAAUUAUUUAAAAGAAGGUCCAUCAACCCCAAUACCCAUCAAUAUGCCACAGAUCAAGAAGUCGCUUUCCUGGCAAAACCGUGUCAACAUGACAACGUCUCCUGGACAGUCUGCAUCUGCUCCAAUUCGUAUGAGCAAACCAAGUCCACAGGAGAGAUUGCAUCAGCAUCAAAGUCAGUCACCAAAAUGUCAUAUGCUAACAUCACCACAGAAAUGUACAGUGACACAUAAGAAAUCUCGUAGUGAAGUGCGCAAGUGUCGCAAGGUUUACGGUAUGGAAAACAGAGACAUGUGGUGCACUCAGUGUAAAUGGAAAAAAGCAUGUUCGCGCUUUGUGGACUAAUUACAAGCAAAUACAAACCAGAAAAUUCCCCCAUUCCCCAUUUGAUUUUGGGUUGUUCUUUUUGUCUCUUUUUUUACAUUCUUUUCACAUAUUCUAUUUUCAUC